AUGCCAAUUUUGUAUGCAGUGAUUGCAAGGGGAACAACUGUCCUUGCAAAGUAUGCAAGUUGUGCUGGCAACUUUACAGAAGUGACAGAGCAAAUUUUACAGAAGAUUCCACCAGAGAACUCAAAACUCACGUACAGUCAUGGAAGUUACUUGUUCCAUUAUAUAUCUGAAGACAAGAUUAUCUACCUGUGUAUUACAGAUGAUGAAUUUGAAAGGUCAAAAGCAUUCCUGUUUCUGAAUGAAAUUAAACGAAGAUUUCAGGCACAGUAUGGGGUGAGGGCACAGACAGCUUUACCCUAUGCCAUGAACAGCGACUUUUCUCGGAUUAUGGCAUCUCAAAUGAGAAGUAUUUCUGAAGAUAGACCAGACCAGGUGGCAAAAGUUCAAGAUCAAGUUGAAGAACUGAAAAGCAUCAUGGUGCGGAAUAUAGAUCAUUUGGCUGAACGGGGAGAGAAGCUAGAGUUACUUGUGGAUAAAACUGAGGAUCUGAGUGCAAAUGCGGUUACUUUCAAGAAAACAAGUAGAAAUCUGGCCAGAUCAUUAUGGUGGAAAAAUGUUAAACUGAUGGCCAUACUUGCCGUUGUUAUCAUACUUGUGCUUUACUUCAUAAUAUCUGCUGCUUGUGGGGGCUUGGACUGGCCUUGCACGCGGAAGUAA